CCGAACACAGCAGUCAGCUAGGCUAGCGAAAGAGGUUGAACCGCAUGAGGGUACGAGUCAAACAGGAGGGUAUAUUUAUUUUGUCUUAAUGUUUGUUCACUCAGCCAGAUCUUAAUCUGUUCCAGCCAAAGCUAGUUCUAUUUGAGAUUGACACUUUGAACUUCUUGAAGAACGGAGAAACGUUUAAAGAGAGUGUAAGAUCUGGUCUGUUGUGCAUGGCACUCUGUGUGGCAUCACCAUGAGUGGGGAGCCAGACGCGUUGGCUGUGGUCAACCAACUACGGGACCUGGCAGCUGACCCCCUGAACAGGCGUGCGAUUGUAGAGGACCAUGGAUGCCUUCCGGGUCUUAUUCUGUUUAUGGACCACCCCAAUCCACAAGUGGUCUACUCGGCGUUAUUAGCGGUGCGCUAUCUGGCAGAAUGUCGGGCCAAUCGAGAGAAGAUGAAGGCGGGGCUGGGCAUGAUGCUGAGUCUGCAGAACGUCAUGCAGAAAGGCACGACGCCAGGGGAGACCAAGCUUCUGGCGUCCGAGAUCUACGAGAUCCUCCAGAACUCCAGCAACCCGGAGGCCGAGCAGGCCGAGGCCGCAGCCUCCUGCCGACGCAAGGCCCAGUUCUUCCUCGGCUCCACCAACAAGCGGGCCAAAACCGUCGUGCUGCAUAUCGAUGGUCUGGACGACUCGGCCCGGCGUAGCCUGUGUGAGGAAGCUCUGUUGAAAAUCAAAGGGGUGAUCAGCUUCACCUUCCAGAUGGCUGUCAAGAGAUGCGUGGUGCGGAUCCGCUCUGACCUGAAGGCUGAGGCCCUCGGAACAGCCAUAAGUUCAACCAAAGUGAUGAAGGCCCACCAGGUAGUGAAGGGAGAGGACGGAGCUGAGAGGAUGGUUCCGCUGGAGGAGGAUUCGGAUGUGGUGGUGGAGCAGAACCUGGACCUGCCGGACUAUCUGCCCGAGGACGAGAGCCCAUCACAGGAGCCGCACAAGGCCGUGUCUCGCCUUGGCUCCAUGCAGGACGGUGCAGGCUGGCUCAGCACGGCCGCCAACUUCCUGUCACGCUCCUUCUACUGGUGACCUGCGCUUUAAACACCCCCAACUCAGCCCACACCCCUUCCUCCCUGUCCCCCUUCCCCCUCUCAUCCCCACCCCUCCUGUCCCAUCCUCACCUCUCCUCACCUUUUGCCCUGCACACCCACACCUGCCCUCCAGGGGGUGCCGGACUGCCAAGUGCAAUUUUAUUUUUGCAAUAACCACAACUGUGUAUAAAACAGUUACAAACAACAGCAACAGCAACAGCAGCAGCAGCAGAGAGCGUCUGCUCCCAGUGACCCUCCAGAUGAUGACCUCACUAGCUCUGCACACUUAGUCAACUCACCACUGAAGCCAUAAAGGGGACGGAUACCACGCUCACAAUAGGCUUCUCACCUUAACCCUCUGACAUCACUUCCUGUUUUUGUUCUUUAAUUUUUAAGUCAUUUUUCAACGGUUUUAAACCCCCCACCCCCCUGCACUCUCCCUUUUGAUGGGUCCAUCCUGCCCACACCUAAUGCAUGGUUGCCCAUGGCAUUUGCGAGUGUGUUCUAGUAGUUGGACUGACCGCAUGUCUGCAGGUCUGCUCUGGCAUGGACAGGUGACGGUGGAAAUAUGCCACCCUUUUUUUUUCUCAAGUGCUCUAAUUUUUUCUUCUACCCUCGGAUCUUUUACUGUCUAUCUUAAACUUCCCUCUUCUUUUCUAGGGAUUAUUUGAUAAUGAAUAUUACUUUCCCCCUGCCGUUUAGGCCUCUUCAAAGCAUGCUGUAAUUUUUUAUGCCUUUUUUUUCCUUUGUUUGCCAUUGUUCUUCACAAUGUUUAUCCUUUCAUGCGUGUGUGAGCUUUUUUUUUUCUCUCUUUUAUGCUACUCCUGCUUGUCCUUAUAUUUAUAUCUUGUUUUAAGAUUUUUCUCUUUUUUUUUCACUGACAUUUUUUGAAAUCUUCUGGGGAAAAAAGUAAGCAAACAAACAAAUAUACAUAAUCUUUGGUUAUCAUUUGUUCCCUUUGAAUUCACGGGAUCCACUCUUCCUUGUUUGUGAGCCUCUUAAUCUUAGCAGGUCUCCUUCCUUAUUGGAAGUUUUGUAGACACCAGCAGAGGCGACGACUUGGGUUGUUGUGGAGCAGACAUUAAAUACCUCGCUUGCUUCACUCCGAAAAGGGAAAUGGGGACAACCUAAGCUACUCUGCGACACUUCUUCUACUGUAAUGCCGUGUGCCAAGCAUUGUAGUAUACGCAAAACCUGUAGAUGUGUAAAUAUAUAUAUAAAUAGCCUCGACACUACUUAACCAAAUGGGCUAGUCACUGCUAUGAUUGCCUAACCCCCUGUAGUUAUGAUGAUAAAAACACUAACAACUUCAGAUUUUCACCUUUUGGCUGUUCACCCCACAAAGAAAAGUAAAAAAGAAACAGGUCCACGUUCAGAGCCUUUCAGCAGCAUUGCUACUGUCGCUUGCAUUGCCACUACCGGCUCUUUCUGGUGCCUGCUCCACUACAUGCACACCUCGGCUGGACAGUCCCGCCCCCAACCUUUUUUUCUAUUGGCUCAUUCCCGACCAACCGUGUCCAUAUUGGUUUUUGCCCAUUGAGUGACCGCACAUGCAUAUCUGAGCUGCUUUUUCACAAGUGCAGAAAACAAACAAAAAUCAGGGGUUCACAUACUUUCCGUGUUCAUAUAAAGGUUGUAGAUCGAGGAAAACUGUCACUCACUCAUCUCUAAUCAUUAGACUUCCUUCUUUGACACGGUCACGAGACCAUUUCUAUCAAAUGUUUGCCACUCUCCCACAAUUCACCCUAGAGAUUGCUUUGGUAACUAGAAUGGCUAACACACUGUUCACCCACUCUACCACCAAAGGAGUUUGAAGCUAAAAGAGGAUUUCAAGACAAACUGACAUAGAAGUGAUAAUGAAGAUUUGCCUUGCCUUUUUUCACACCUCUUUUUCUCUUUUCUAUGUUUCUUUUUUAAAGAGAGAGAAUGGGAAUUAAGUACAUUUUAAUAUAAGGAAGACCAACCUAGUUCCAUGAAGUCGUGAGUGAUCCUAGUUGAGAUGCCACGUUAUGUUGACUGAUAUGGAUUAUUUGACAGAGGUAAUUUUUGCACGUCACCAUCCUUCCAAAAUGUUGCCUACGAUCAACAACAUGUAAUCCUUCAGUAUUAUAUUUAACUAGAGGAUUCAAGUUCACUUCAUAAGUUAAAUAAUGUACAGUAGAUUUUUUUUUUUUUGUUACACCUCUUGUACUGUUGUCAUCCUUACUUGAACAUUUCCUCUUGAUUUGAUUUUUUUCUUUUCUUUGCUUUUUGAUUAACAUUCAAUUUUCAUUGUUCAGUAGGAAGGCAGAACAAGAAAGGGUAGCAAAACCUCCAUAGUUAACUAGCUUCUCGUGUACAGUGUAUAUCUGCUAUGUGAAGUAUUUCAGGUCACAAACAACUGUUGCCUGUUCACAAUAAUGACAAGUUAUUAAAAUAAAGCUAAAUGGAAAGAAA